AUGGAGAUACAGUGGCGUUUAUGGAAUAAGGACUGGGCCUCCUUUCUAAGGCCAUGGAUACCCAUACUCUUGGGCCUUCACCUCCAAUUUUCCCGGGCCUCCAAUUGUCCGGAGGAGUGCCGAUGCGAUCGCACCUUCGUUUACUGCAAUGAGCGGAGCCUGACCUCGGUGCCUCUGGGGAUCGGUGAGGGCUACAAGACCCUCUACCUCCACAACAACCAAAUCAACAACGCAGGCUUCCCACUGGAGCUGCACCAUGUGGCAUCAGUGGAAACAGUGUAUCUCUAUGGAAACCAGCUGGAUGAGUUCCCCAUCAACCUGCCCAAAAAUGUGCGGGUUCUCCAUCUGCAAGAGAACAAUAUUCAGACUAUCUCAAAAGCAGCUCUUUCUCAGCUUCUGUGGCUGGAGGCACUGCAUCUGGAUGAUAACUCCAUAUCCACGGUGGGGGUAGAGGAAGGGGCAUUCCGUGAGGCGGUGAGCCUAAAGAUGCUCUUCCUCACCAAAAACCACCUGAGCAGCGUGCCUAUUGGCCUCCCGGAGGAUCUGAAGGAGUUGCGUUUGGAUGAGAACCGCAUUGCUGUGAUCGCGGAGGAGGCGUUUAGAAACGUGACCCGUCUGGAGCGCCUCCUGCUGGAUGGAAACCUGUUGACAGAUGAGGGAAUUGCACCUGGAACCUUUCAGGACCUGGUCAUGCUGAGGGAGCUAUCACUGGCUCGCAACUCACUCACUUAUCCGCCCCCAUUUCUUCCAGGGGAAGUGUUGGUCAAGCUGAACUUCCAGGAGAAUCAGAUAAAUAGGAUCCCUGUGAGGGCUUUUGCAGGAUUGCACAAGCUGGAGAGGCUGGAUAUUUCCAACAACCAGCUGCAGUCGCUGACACAGGGGGUCUUUGAUGGCCUGGUCAGUCUCAGGCAGCUCACUGUUCGUAACAACCUUUGGCUGUGCGACUGCAGCAUCAAAUGGGUGGUGUCGUGGCUGAAAUCUCUGCCAGCCUCACUCAAUGUGCGUGGCUUUAUGUGCCAAAAGCCUGAGAGGGUGCGGGGCAUGGUGAUCAGGGAGCUGAGUGCUGAGCUGGUCCAGUGCCCACAAAGCACUGUGGCCACAGCCCACCCACCUGCCCAGCUUACCGGGGGAAACGGCUCUCUCUCCUUCCCCUCAUCUUUACCAGACCCCCCUGAAGUGACACAGUUCUCAUACCCCGCCUCCAGAGAACCAUCCUACCCCACACCCUCACCUUUCCCCCCCAUCUAUCCUACCAGAGGAGGGGGCGUAAGGACUAGGCAGCCCCUUAACCCACGGAGGGAAACCCUACAGGUCAACUUUGCUAUACUCAAUGGCUCAGCUAUCCACGUCAGCUGGGUGGCUGCCUUCCCAGUCACGGCCUACAAGGUCACCUGGGCCAGGAUGGGCCCCAGUCUCACCGGAGACACCGUCAGGGAGAGGAUGGUGGGUGGGGAGCACCGGGGCAUCCGGUUAGCUAACCUGGAGCCUAAGUCCACCUAUCGGAUUUGUGUGAUUCCAUUAGAUGCAUUCAAUAACUACCGGCCAAAAGAUGACACGGUGUGCACAGAGGCCAUUACCACGCCCGCCUCUUUCGGCCUUGAUAAUAAAGGGCUCCCGGGACCAGAGCAGGCCACGCAGCAGAACCCCAGCUCACCUUUCUUGCUGGCAGGGCUGAUCGGAGGGGCUGUGAUUGUGGUGCUGGUGGUGCUCCUCAGCAUCUUCUGCUGGCACAUGCACAAGAAAGGGCGCUCCAAAUCUUCCACCAAGUGGAAAUACAACCGGGGCCGGAGAAAAGACGACUACUGCGAAGCGGGCACCAAGAAGGAUAACUCCAUCCUAGAAAUGACUGAGACCAGUUUCCAAAUAGUCUCACUCAACAACGAGCAGCUCCUCAAGGGGGAUUUCCGCAUUCAGCCUAUUUACACCCCUAAUGGGGGCAUUGGCUUUCAAGACUGCCUCCUGGGGAACAACAGCACAGUAUACUGCAAGAACAAUGUUCAGGAUACUGACUUUUGCCGUACAUGA